UGACGGUAUGUGUCAGAACCAUAGACACCGCAUAUACCGAGGGGUUUCGGGAGGAAUAUCGUAAUGUGCGAAGCAAUGUCUAUUAAAAUUUCUUGUGUUCACUUAUAUACUUUGGAUCUAAACUUGAACGAUGCUAUCCUUCUGAAGAAACGUCAGGAUGGUCGAUGUGGAGAAUGCACUUCACAUGUGCCCAACAAGGCCAUAUGGCUGUGUUUACAUUCUGGUUGCCUGAUGGUUCUAUGUGGGGGUGAAGGCUCUAAUGGUCAUGCUGGUGAACACAAUGCUGCUCUGCCAGGGCAUUGUCUCGUCAUGUGUCUUGACAAUUUCAGGGUCUGGUGCUACCUCUGUGAUAUGGAGGUAACAGACUCAAUUCACCAACAACUGCAGCUCCAGAUUGGAAAGGAGAACGUGCAUAUUGAUUCUGAAGACUGUGAGGAAGGUCUGGCUAGUAAUGUUGGGAAAUUUGAACCAAUUACAGUGGAUGAGGUUAAAGAAGAAUAUGAUGUAGAAGACUCUGAAGAUGACUCAGUGUCCAUAAUCUCAUCUCAAUUGAAACCUAGAGGUGUGGUGGGCUUACGCAACCUUGGCCUGACAUGCUAUAUGAAUGCUGCUCUACAAGUGCUUGGCUUCAGCCCUGGCAUAGCUUCUUUCUUCCUCAAUUGCCCUGGUUCCCUGAUUGGCAUUAAGAAGGAACGACCCCUUGCUCUCACAUACAGAGACCUCAUCCGUGAGGCGUGGCAUUCUGAAUCGCCAAGCAGCAUUGUGCCUUCUCAGCUUUAUCAUUGUUUUAAACAACUGUAUCCAAUGUUCAGGGCAUUCAGCCAGCAGGACAGCCAGGAGUUCUUGCGUUAUUUCCUAGACGAGAUACACAGCGAGCUGCGUCAAAUGGUUCCUGCUGUGUACAAUGAGCAAGAUUCAGAUGAGAGCGAAGACGAGUGCGACUCUGACUGUGAGCUACGCAGCGCGGCUGGCGAGUCAUGCUGCUCCCUGGGCGACGCGCCGUCAGAGUCCCGCCUCUCCCGUGACCCCAGCGACGGCCACGACAGCGAAGAAAACAGAUACGAGACAUGCGACUCUGGUGUGUCAGAGAGCGAGACUGAUGGGUCUCCGUCCAUGUUGUUUGGUGGCCGCAAGCGGCGACGACGACCUGCUCCUCAGAGCGACGUGGACUUCAGGGCAGCAGCACCGGCCAAGAGUGUUAAAUCAAGCAAUUCCUCUCAUCUGUCACGUCACCAAGCCAAGUCCCUGCCCCACUCUGCCGUAUCUUCCCCUCACCACUCGACCUCUCCCUCUCCACAAGCGCCUCCUUCACCAGGAGGACGGACUUUGUCGUCGCUGAAAACUAGCGGCAUUGGGUCCUAUGCUCCUUCGCUGGCAUCUGCCGAGUCAUGUUCAGGUUCUACAAUGUCAAGCGGACGAAGGCAGUACAAUAAGAAUUCGUCAAAAAAACACCGCAGCAAGAAGUCUCAGCAGCAGCAAUACUCGAGCAGCAUCGUGUCUGACUUGUUCGAUGGUCAGCUGAUCAGCUCUGUACAGUGCCUGACGUGCAACAGUAUCUCUGCCAGACGCGAGACAUUUCAGGACCUUAGCCUGCCUAUUCCUAGUGGCGAACUUUCCAUUCCUGCAGAUAAGGAGCACGGCUCAGAUGGUUGGGUAUGGUGGAUGUUUCAGUGGCUUAUGUCUUGGGUGUGGGGUCCUGCAGUUUCUCUUAGCCAUUGCCUUAGUGCCUUUUUCAGUGCCGAUGAACUCAAAGGAGAUAAUAUGUACUCGUGCGAGAAGUGUGGAAAGCUGCGCAAUGGGCUCAAGUUCGCAAAAGUUGUCAAAUUGCCAGAAGUUCUGGUGGUUCAUCUCAAGAGGUUCCGUCAUGAUUACAUGUUCAGUUCUAAAAUCAGUCAGCACGUGGCAUUCCCGCUGUCCGACUUGAAUCUGCAGCCUUACCUCCAUAGGGACUGUGUGAGUGAAGUUUGUCAGUAUUCGCUCUUCGGUGUCAUCUGCCACCACGGUUCAGUAGUCGGGGGCCAUUACACUUCAUUGGCCCAACACCCCAAGACUGGUUCUUGGUUUGAAUUUGAUGACGAGACUGUGUCGUUCGUUAGCCCGGAGUAUGUGCAGCGGUCGCAAGCAUACGUGUUGUUUUACAAGAAGUCAAACCCUGAGGCAGAGAAGCUUCGGGGUCGUGCUUAUGCCCUCAUGCGAUCGCACGCUCUCAAUCAAUCCCUUGUCAAGUUCUACAUUUCUCGUCAGUGGUUCAACAAGUUUCAGUCAUUUGGAGAAUGUGGGCCAAUCGACAACCGGGAUUUCCUAUGUCCUCAUGGUGGCGUGCAGCCUAGGAAAGUCAAUAUUGUGAGUCUUCUUGUAAAGACUGUCAAUGAAAGCCUCUGGGAGUUUCUAAAGGGGCAGUUCGGUGGCGAUCCACCGUGCACAAGGCUCUACACCUGCCCCUUAUGCACCUCCCAACACAAGGAGUUGGUAGCAAGGCAGCGCAUCGAACUCAACACGUUCAAGGUUCUCAACAGUCAAUCCGAUCAAGUGUUCGGUGUGUCGAUGACCUGGUUCAGCCAAUGGGAGAAAUUUGUGUUGGACAAAAGUCACAACCCACCUCCCGCCAUAGACAACACGAGCGUCAUCAAGCAGUACCAACAACGCCAUCACUCCCCUCUGCUUUUCCGCUCAAACUCGGACUACGUUUCGAUCACGGAAGAGUGUUGGAACUUCUUUCAGCACGUAUAUGGAGGAGGUCCUGCCUUUUGUCUUCGACCGCUGGAGCCUGUGAAUCAAUUCAAUCAACAGCAUCACUUGUCUCAAGAUCACGGACAAUUCCAGAGUUCGUUCGUGCACCCUCAAGCAGAGCCUGCUCGAGUUCACUCUAGACAGGCAAAACGAACCCUCCUGGUAGAAGAAGUUCAUACCAGCAGCCGCUCUGGCACUUCAGAUGACGAAAAUUUACUUGCUAGAGCUAGAGUUUCCAUUGAAAAUUUGCCAAACACCCAGUCAAACAACCCUUACACAGCAGCCAAAGAUUGUGCUGUAUCAAAUGACGAUCAGAAUUCUACACCUUUGGUCUGUCAGGAAGGUUCUGAUGCCACAGAUUCAACUGCUUGUGAUGACCCUCCGAGUUUUUCUUCUCGUCUGCCUCUGGUGGAACAGCAAAGUGACUGCGAAUACAACACUGAGGAUGAGCCUGAGGAGACAGGAACGUUCGUUAUCCAGCAAAUUCAGAAUGAAGAACUUAUUGACGGUAAACUGGUGACUGAGAAUGAAGUUUCUGAGCCGCUUUGUGACGAAGUAGUGCUCCCUGCAGUAGGUAACCUGCAGCCGAUUGCCUCAGCGUCAACGUCUCCUCUACUUCUUGAUACCUCAUUGGCUAAAGUAGAUGCUUGUCAAUUGCCUCAGGUAGACGCCCUUCAUUUUUCCGAAGUAUGUACCACUCCAUUGCCGAGAGUAAAGGCCACUCGAUCAUUACCCGAAAUAGAUGCCGCUCCUUCAUUCCCCGAAGUAGAUGAUCCUCGAUCUUUCCCCGAAGUAGAUGCCAAUCUUUCAUUCCCCGAAGUAGAUGCCAACCAACCAUUACUCGAAAUAGAUGCCGCUCCAUCAUUCCCCAAAGUAUAUGUCACUCGAGCUUUCCCCAAAGUUAAUUCCACUACUUCAUUCUCCGAAGUAGAUGCCUCUCCAUCAUUUCCCGAAUUAGAUGCCUCUCCAUCAUUUCCCGAAGUAGAUGCCUCUCCAUCAUUCCCCGAAGUAGAUGCCACUUCUUCAAUCCCCGAAGUGGAUGCCACUCCUUCAUUGGUUGGAGCCAGUGCCACCAACUCCACUGCGUCUUUGGGAAAGGCGUCUCAGACUUCAUUAGUCGAAAGUGAGGUUGUGUCAUCUUUUUUCACUAAGAAAGUCCGUGGCAAUACAGUCAAGGAAACGAAUUUGCAGGAGUGUGUUGCCUCGGAAAGUUCUUUUGAAAACAAACCAAACCUUCGGUCAAACAAACGAAAACACCGGCCUUCUGAUCACACAAAGCCUAGGACUGGUCGCAAGACUAGUAGCGAAUCGUUGCCUAAUGUUCACAAGUAAAUGACGAACUUAUUCAAUCGUCGAAAUGCAAACUAAUAUCCAGUUAACUUAAAUUUGCUUCAGUAGUGCUACAAAUCUAAGUAACUCCAAUUAAUUUUUUUGACAAGUCUCAUGCUACGAGUAUUUUAUUUAAUCAUCCAGCGUAUGCAUAACUGAAUUCGCUCUGUCUGCAGACUAAUUUUUAAUUGGUUCGUUUGGCAAUCUUUGUAAUGAGACUAUCGGUGUUUUUUAGUCAUAGUUCAUUUUCAUCACGAAAGAUAUAUAUUUCUUAGCGCGUGUGUUGGUGUUUUAUUAAUUGUAGAUUUCAUUUUGUAUUCGGAUAGUUUUCAUUAUUUAUGUUAAUAUUAAUAAGGCUGUAUAUUAUCGAGAAGAUAUGAGGUAAUGCCCCCCCCCGUCUCUCAUUUGAGCCUUAUUGCUAAUCAUGGCAGAACACGAUUACUCGCUAUUUAAAAUCCGACUUGACAUUGAGUUAGUGAGAGUGAUCGAUUUAUUUUUCAAUUGCAGUUAUCAGUUGUAUUGUUAACGAUUGAUUUAAAGCAUUUUAAUUCUACAUAUAUGCCUAUUACUUUUGUAAUAAGUUAGUACGUGAUUUGUAUUUUAGGUCAUUCAAACUUUCGUCGUGAAUUACGCAUGGGAGCAUCCAUCAUGAGAAAGUAUUUUCUGUGUUUUUUUUUCUACUGUAGAUGUGUAUUAUUUCUACUUUUAAACUCGUCCGCUUCUGCAAUUGUGGAAGCAAUGUAGUCCGGAUCUCGGAACUUCGGAAUUAUCUAAUGUAUUUUUGUUGCGCGUGAGUCAAACGCAUCGUAGCUAAUCUAUCCAGCAGGUCAUUCCUCUAAUUGGUGUAGACCGUGUAGGUGAAGCCAUGUGAUUUGAGUUUAACACAACUCAUUCGCGAUAAAGCUCAUUGCUAAAUAUAAACUUUGUUGGCA